AUGCGGCCAUCCCUGCGUGCGCAGGCCCUCCAUCGUCCCGAGCAGCCCGAACACCUUGGACGGGAGCACCCUCGGGUCUCCGGUGAAGCAGAAGUGCCCCAGCCGAUCGAGCGCGGCCACGCCCUCCGACGAUGCCAGCCCGAAGCCCCUCGAGCCGCCCUCCCUGAAGCGACGGUCCAUCUCCCCGAUGGCGAGCUCGAUCGUCCUCGCAAAGGCCGUCAGAACCCCCGGGAACACCUGCGGCGGGAACUUCCUGAGGAUACUGGCAUACAGCUGCUUCUCCUUGAGAAACAGCCGCAUCAGCUGAAAGAUGGGCAGCAGGAUGCUGCCAAAAUUUCGGCGUUCUCGCACCAGCCGCGCCGCGUCGACGGAUAUGACCUGCUCGAAACGGAAGGCGAACUCGUUCUCCGCCAUGGAGGCUUCUACUCGCUGCCUCUCUCGCGCGAACGGCGUUGA